AUGAUUAAUUUACAAACCUUAGAUUUUCAUUUAUCAAACUUUGAAGAAUCCAACAGAUGUUUUAACGAUGAAGAAAAAUUCGGGAUAUUAUAUGGAAUGACAACAUUAGAAGAGCAUAUAAAUAAAGAGAUAUAUCUGUGGGGCAAAAUUGAAGGUCUAGAAUAUGAUUAUUAUAUUACAUAUUAUUUUAAUCAAGAGAAUUUUUUUCCAAAAAAAAAAUUUUAUUAUUGUAGAAAUGAUUAUGUGUUUCAUGAGAUGUUAAAGGGGAAUGAUGAUUUUAUAGAAAAUAUGGAGAGGAAAUUACCUUUUACAUUUUUUAGUGGAUAUCCUCAAAAGAUCUUUUAUUCUAAGGAUAAAACGAAAGGAUUGAAAAAGAAGGUGAUCAACGGGGGUGAUAGUAAUGAUGAUAGUGAUAAUAAUGAUAAUAGUGAUGGUAAUGAUAAUAGUGAUGGUAAUGAUAAUAGUGAUGAUAAUAAUAAUAGUGAUGAUAAUAAUAAUAGUGAUGAUAAUGAUAAUAGUGAUGAUAAUGAUAAUAGUGAUGAUAAUAAUAAUAGCGAUGAUAAUAAUAAUAGUGAUGAACACAGUAAUGAUGGUGAUGAUAAAAUAAAAUCUACUUCAUAUACUACAAAAGAAAAAAAAAAGAGUCAGAGGAACAACAUUUAUAAUGACAAAAAUACAGAUAUAAAAAAGAAAAAAUAUGAGAAACAAAAUAUUACAGAAUUAGAUAGAUUAUCAUAUACUGUUAGAAAAAUAGACGAAGAAGCUUUUAUCAUACCUUACAAUUCGAUAAGAAUAACAAACAACUUAGAAAUGAAAUUUUGUAAUUUUACUGGAUUCAAUAUAUUAGAUGCAUUAAAAUUAACUUCAUGGGUUCAUUUUCGAUAUCCAAAAAAUUUAACAUAUGACAAAAUUAAGAAUUAUAAUUCUUUUUUUCUAAAUAAUUUUUUAGAUUCUAUAAAAAGUGAUAUCCCUUCAAAUAUAUGGAAUAUAAAAAUAAAUAAACAAUUAAAUAAAAUUUCUAUAUUAAAUGCUUUAUAUCCCGGUUAUAUAUUUUAUCAUAUGCUUAAUACACCGUUUUAUGCAUCAUUAUAUAUAGGCACAGGAGUAUCAAAUUAUGAUCUCCCAUUUUUACUACCAUAA